AUGUCGAUGCUUCACAAGCAGGCCCUGGGCCGGAGCGGGGUCUCCGCCCGUGCCAGCCGUUCUCGCAGCGUUGUCGUGCGCGCUGAGCGUGCCCUGUGGGCCCCCGGCGUUGUGGCUCCCGCGUGGCUGGAUGGCAGCCUGCCCGGGGACAGGGGCUUUGACCCUGCUGGCCUUGGCGCGGACCCCAAGGCUCUGGCCUGGCACAGGCAGGCUGAGCUGGUGCACGGUCGCUGGGCCAUGCUGGGCGCCGCGGGUGUGCUGGGCCAGGAGAUCCUCAACCCCAGCAUCAACUGGUACACCGAGGCCGCGCUGCCGCAGAACCUGCCGGCGCCCUUCACCAACGUCAACUUCGGCGGCCUGCUGGCGAUCGAGUUCCUGCUCAUGCACUGGGUGGAGGUCCGCAGGUGGCAGGACAUCCGGAAGUUCGGCUCCGUCAACGAGGACCCGAUCUUCAAGGGCAACAGCGUCCCCAACCUGGAGCCCGGCUACCCCGGCGGCAUCUUUGACCCUCUGGGCUUCAGCAAGGGCAACCUGAAGGAGCUGCAGACGAAGGAGAUCAAGAACGGCCGCCUGGCCAUGAUCGCGUGGAUCGGCUUCGCCUUCCAGGCCCAGACCACCGGCAAGGGCCCGCUCGCGUCCCUGGCGGGCCACCUCAGCGACCCGGCCGGUGACAACUGGUUGACCAACAUCGGCACCUGCGCCAUCCCCAAGACCGUGGACGUGCAGGGCCUCAGCAUCCCCACCACCUGCCUCUGGCCCGCGGCCAACUAA